GUUAUGUAACAAAUUCUGAAUGUAUUGUUGAUGGUUGUGGUAAAACUUUGGUUCAUCUGGAUGGACUUGAUGAUUUUAAUGCUGUCAUUGAAGCAACCAAAGCCAUAAAUAGUUAUUAUUUUCAUAUGUUGAACAAUCCAACCUAUCGAAGUAGAAGUUUUUGGAAAAAUCUUGCUGAACGAUUUGGAGCUUUCAUUAGUUAUGGUGAUCUUCCAUAUACUACUUUUGAUACUGCCAGCUCUCAUAAUAUUGAUCAUCAGAAUUGUGUUAACGAUCUACUUUUUGCAUUACAACCAAUAUCAAAUAGUGUAAACAGAUUUGUUAACAAAUAUUAUGAACAUUAUUAUACAAAACUAAGCAAGUUAACAAUUGGACCAUUUGUACCGAGAACUUUUGGAAUUUUUCCCACAAUAGCUAUUAAUUUUAACGUAAUCAGUAAUUACCAUUGGGAUAGUAAUGAUGAUCCAAAUGGACUUUGUUUUUUGGUAGCUUUGGAAGAUUUUGAGGUAUGUUUUCCUCAACUUCAAAUCCUGGUAAAAUUAAAAUCAGGACAAAUUGUUGCAUUUUCUUCUUAUUUGCUAUUACAUGGCAACCUUCCGAUUAUUAGAGGGAUAAGAUUCAGUAUAGAUUUUCAUAAAAAUAAUGAUAAUGAUACAAUCAUUAAAAUACAAGAUCUUUAUAAUUCUCAAGGUCAUAAUCCAAAUUGAAUUUUACUUAAAAAAGCACAACAAUUUCAAAUUGAGGAGGAAUCAUCAGAAAAUUCAACAGAUAAAAGAAGAUACAAAGAUGAUUUGAUAAGAGGAUGAAGAGGUUUAAGACAUGAAGAUUUUUUGGAAUAGAAAUCAUAAAUAAAAUUAGAAAUACGAAUUUUCUUUGAAGAUUGUUUUGCUGUUUAUGUUUGAUAGGAUAAAUUUCUGAAUUAUUUUUCAAGUAAUUCAUGGUAGAUACUUUGACUCCUGAAUUUGAAAUUUGAUAAAGUAAUUUACUUAGUCACAAAAUAAAAGAACAGUCUAAAAAGAAUUUUUGAUUAAGUCUAAAGUAAUAGGAGUAAUUAUUUUAUGUUAUUGGGGAUGAUUAUUUCCUCCCAUGCGACUUAAUCAUUAUAUUUUAUUAUUUUAUAAACUUUU